ACACCCACCACGGCACUUACUUACACCUAGAAUACUAAAAAAUAAUAAUAUAAAUAUAUAAUUAAAAAAAAAAAAAAUAAUAAUCAUGGCCAACACAGCUCAGUUAUUGCGACGCCAAAGUUCACGGGAUAUAGUCCUUAAAAGCCAAAAGAGUAUCGAUCAAUUGGAAUUAAGGGAAUUACGUGGACGUCUAGUACCCAAGGAGCAUGGAGUUAGCCACCAUCAUCACACAUCGUUGCACCACCAUCAGCCACUGUAUGGGGCCACCAACCAGGGCUUCAUGUCCGAUGCCUUCGACGAGUCCUCGGAACUCGAACAGGAUCCGCCGCCUUUCGGCUCCGAGGCGAGUACUUCGAAGGCCAAGGCCGAACUGGUGGCCAAUGCUUCGGCGGAUCAGCAGCAGGACAUUGUCGAGGGCGAGAAGGAGGGCGAAGAGCGCGAAAGUUGGGACAGCAAGAUCAUGUUUUUGUUGGCAACGAUCGGGUAUGCUGUUGGCCUUGGCAAUGUCUGGCGUUUUCCGUAUUUGGCCCAAAAGAAUGGCGGUGGUGCCUUUCUCGUUCCUUACUUCAUAAUGCUGUGCAUCCAGGGUAUACCCAUUUUCUAUCUGGAACUCGCCAUCGGCCAGAGGCUGCGAAAAGGUGCCAUCGGUGUAUGGAGUCAAGUAUCGCCCUAUCUUGGUGGAAUCGGUAUCUCAUCGGCAGUGGUUAGCUAUAUAGUGGCCCUGUACUACAAUACGAUCAUUGCCUGGUGUCUGAUCUACUUGCUGCAUAGCUUCGAAUCGCCACUACCCUGGGCGGAUUGUCCCACACGAUUGUACAAGAACUAUACCUAUGAUCAUGAACCGGAGUGUGUGGCCUCGUCGCCCACCCAGUUCUAUUGGUAUCGCACCACAUUGCAGUGCUCGGAGAGUGUCGACAUGCCGGAGAACUUUAACUAUCACAUGGCCAUUGCGUUGAUUGUCUCGUGGUUUCUGGUCUACAUCUGUAUGGUUCAGGGCAUUACAUCGUCCGGAAAAAUAGUCUACAUGACUGCCAUCUUUCCCUAUGUGGUUCUCAUCAUCUUUUUCUUCAGAGGCAUUACCUUGAAAGGAGCGUCCGAUGGAGUGGCUCAUCUGUUCACCCCGCGUUGGGAGACCCUCUUGGAUCCAGUGGUGUGGCUGGAAGCUGGUACACAAAUCUUCUUCUCGUUGGGACUGGCCUUUGGCGGCCUGAUUGCCUUUAGUUCAUAUAAUCCGGCCAAUAAUAACUGCUACCGGGAUGCUAUUCUAGUUUCCCUAACAAAUUGUGGAACUUCGAUGUUCGCCGGUGUUGUGGUAUUUUCCGUGAUUGGAUUCAAAGCCACGGCCACUUUUGAUCGAUGUACUGACGAAAGGAAUAGUCUAAUGGCUCAGAAUAAGACCCAAAACUUGCCAGUUUGUGAUUUGCAAACGGAGUUGGCUAAUAGCGCCUCGGGCACUGGCCUAGCUUUUAUUAUCUUCACGGAGGCCAUAAAUCAGUUUCCCGGCGCCCAGCUCUGGGCUGUUCUAUUUUUCCUGAUGCUCUUUACUCUGGGCAUCGAUUCGCAAUUCGGAACACUGGAGGGUGUGGUUACAUCGCUGGUGGACAUGAAGCUAUUCCCCAACCUGCCCAAGGAAUACAUUGUGGGAGCUCUCUGCUUCUCCUGCUGCCUGAUUUCGAUGUGCUUCGCCAACGGUGCUGGCAGCUAUAUCUUCCAAUUGAUGGACAGCUUCGCUGGCAAUUUCCCACUACUGAUCAUCGCCCUGUUCGAGUGCCUCUCGAUAAGCUAUAUUUAUGGAGUGCGCCGUUUCUCGGAUGACAUCGAAAUGAUGACCGGUUCACGGCCAAGCUUCUACUGGAUGUUUUGCUGGAAGUAUCUGUCGCCGUGCGCCAUGGUCACCAUAUUGCUGGCCAGCUUUUAUCAGCUCUUAACCGAGGGCAGUAGUUAUCCGGCCUGGAUUGGUGCCAAAGGAGCUACCGAGUCCAUGGAGUGGCCGCAUUGGUGCAUCGUCAUUGCCUUCUUUCUGAUACUCUCCUCGAUUCUAUGGAUACCGAUUGUGGCGGUGUUGCGACUCUGCGGCAUCAAGGUGGUCGAGGACUCGGAUCCCGCCUGGUUCCCCGAAGCCGAGCUCAAGGAAGUCCAUGGCAUUGUCCCGCACGAACCUACCGAACUGGAGCGCAGCAUUUUCUGCUUUAAUAUGGAUGGAACGGAGGGCAUGUGCUGCCCCAAAUACGGACUACCCGAAAAAUCCCUGGAGGAGGAGGAGUAAUGAACCCAAGUCGGUAAACAAUUUAAUUAUAAUUCUUAUUUUUUUUUUGGCCACAAACACAACGACGACAAUAAAAUGAAUAUUUUGUGGGCAACAAGAAAUCCGAUUCGAUUGAAAAAGAAAACUACAAAAUCUUUAUGUAAAUAUGGACAAUAACUAAGCACUCACCGAUGUUAGGCGGCGUCGAAUUAACACUUCUCCUAUAUGGUCCCAAAGACUGUUAACAAAA